AUGACCAUAUCUCGCACCUCUCUCAACGCAAUCCCUCUGUCCUUCGCAUCGGUCUCCGUCGGGACACCGGGCGAUCCGCUCGAGGAAAAGCUCAAAGCCAUCUCCUCCGCCGGUUUCCGCGCCAUCGAGCUUGGCUUUCCGGACUUGCUAUCCUUCGCCCACUCCUUCCACAAGAAAGAAAUUAGAGAAGAUGAUUAUGAGAACUUGUGUGUAGCGGGGAGUGAAGUUAAGAAGUUGUGUGAGAGGUAUGGAUUGGGGAUUAUGAUGCUGCAGCCUUUCUCGAACUUUGAGGGCUGGGAGAAGGGGAGCAGAGAGAGGGAGGACGCAUUUGCGAGGGCGGGGGGCUGGAUUAGGAUUAUGCGGGCUGUGGGAACGGAUAUGCUGCAGGUCGGCUCAUCAGAUUCUCCUAAUAUCAGCGCUGACCUCAAUGUCCUUGCUUCGGAUCUGAGAGAGCUGGCAGAUAUGCUUGCUCCCCACGGUUAUAGGUUGGCGUAUGAGAACUGGUGCUGGGCAUCCCACGCACCAACCUGGUCUCUCGUCUGGGAGAUCGUGAAGCUUGUCGAUCGUCCCAAUAUCGGAUUGUGUCUUGACACCUUCCAGACUGUUGGCUCCGAAUACGCGGAUCCGUGCUCCUCUUCUGGACUCAUUGAAUCCCAGGGCUUGCAGCAGAAGCUGGAAAAUAAUUUCAGGUACUCUUUGGCCACUCUGAGCAGGACGGUGCCGAAGGAGAAGACCUACCUGCUGCAGAUCUCGGAUGCGUAUAAGCCUACGGUUCCGUUUGAGGAUAAGGAGAUCGGGGGCUUGAGGCCGAGGGGGCGAUGGUCCCAUGAUUUCCGCCCGUAUCCUUUUAAUAGUAGGAGGUAUACGAAGCAAUGUGUGGAAAUGGCCAAAGCGGUGUUGGGGACGGGAAGUAGGUGUUGGUUUAGCGUUGAGGUUUUUGAUGGUGGAGCGGAUGGCAAGGAUGUUGGCAGGGAGAAUCGUGGUGAGAUGAGGACGUUUUGUAGCGGUGCUAUCGCGAGUGUUAGAACGUUGUUGGAUGAAUGUGCAGACUCGUAA